AACAAUGCGGUGACGCCUCUUCGACGGCCAUUGAGCGCUGGUAUUAAAUUCUUUUGGUCGCAGACGGACAGUUAGUCGACAUGUACGCCGUCAACUGGCUCACGGCGGCCUUGAUGCCGGUGCUGAUGGUCGGCAUCUGGCUCUACACGGCGCAACUGGCCAAGUCGAUGCCGACGCUUCAGGGGAAGAGCAUUGUGCUGCUGAUUGCGCAUCCGGAUGACGAGGCCAUGUUCUUUUCGCCUACGCUACAGGCCCUGACGAGGCCGGAGCUGGGCAACCAUCUCAAGAUCCUGUGUCUCUCUAGUGGUGAUGCGGACGGCCUGGGCGAAACACGGAAGCAAGAGUUGUUAAAGAGCGGGGUACUGCUAGGUCUGCGGAGCAGCGAGGAUGUUCUCGUCAUUGAAGACAGCAAUUUCCCGGACUCUAUGGGCGUGACCUGGAACCCGCGACUGAUCUCCAACCUCCUCACCAAAGCGUUUGCGCCCAAGAUGGCGUCAGUACCCUCGACGGAGGCGCCGCGCGCGACCAUCGACACCAUCAUCACCUUCGACGCGCACGGCGUCUCGGGCCACCCGAACCACCGCUCCUUGUUCCACGGCGCGCAGGCCUUCCUCAAGGCCCUCAUGCACCGCCACGCCGGCUGGGAGUGCCCCGUCAAGCUGUACACGCUCACGUCGGUCGGCAUCCUGCGCAAGUAUGCGAGCUUGUUGGACACGCCCUGGACGGUGCUGGAUACGAUGAGGCGCAGGAAGGAGGUGGGCGCGUUUCCUACCCCGUUGAUGUUUGUGAGCGGACCUGGGGCUGUGAGGACCGGCCAGAAUGCUAUGACGCAGGCGCAUGUUAGCCAGAUGAGGUGGUUUAGGUGGGGCUGGAUCGGCAUUGGGAGGUAUAUGGUUGUGAAUGACUUGAGGAAACAGAAGGCUCCGUAGGGGCCUGGAAGGUUUGGAUGUGGGAGUGAUGUUUGAAGCACUGCCUAUCCAAUCUGACGCCAUGGAAGAGCUAUGUAAGCAAAUUUAUAUUCAUGACCAAAUCACAACCAAUAUU